AUGGAAUCCUUCACUAGUCGACUCGAGCCCGACGAUAGUCAGAAAUAUUUCGUUGUUAUUGCAGACGUCGAAGAGCAGAUUGUCAGGACACUCAAUCCAAUCAAGUUGGCGGUAUUUGAGGGCCGUGACUUUACGCCUGCUGUAUACCUGGAAAUUGUGCCUCUUGUGGUUCAAUUGACCUUCCAAGGCCCACUUCUCCUCCCCUCCGUCGCUCUGAGCGUCUUCAGGCUCAAGCUUUGCUGCGUAGCCAAUGAAAAUUUGAUCUCCGCGUAG